GACGAGGAACGAGGAAAUAUUCGAAGCACUGGAAUUGAAAUUAUUCGACAGUCUACAGAGGUUACUCGUAGUUUCGUUGAAGUUUCAGCUCAAUAUGUUCGACAUUAUUUCUAAUGAUUGAUUUUGAAUGGAGGUUGUAGCGAAAUAUAGGAUGAUGGAGGCUCCAGCCUUCACACAACAGUCCUGAUUUGUGUUUUCUAUGGUUUCUCAGAAAUAAUUCAGAAAAUUUCGGAUUGUUUCUACUAUAUGGCCACAGCCAGCUACCUUUACCAUCCUUGUCAUACUAUACCCGACAGACCCUUACAGUCAGACAUUGAUGACCAGGCUGGAGUGGGCAACUACGAGGUGUGGUGGGAAUGUGAGGCCACCCAGCUGAGCGACCUUGGCCAGAGGCAGCUGCACAGUUUGGAGAACCCGCAGGACUGCAAUAUCAUCCGCAAGUUCAUCUGCACCAUCAGCAAAGUAGGAGGAUGGAGGCUCCAGUCUUCAUACAGUCAUCCUGAUCCUAGUUUUCCAUCAUCUCUCAAAAUUAAUUCAGGAAAUUCCGGAUGGUUCCUACUAUAUGGGCACAGCCAACUACCUGUUCCAUCCUUGUCAUACUAUAUCUUGUUUUUGCAGCAGACUACUGCUGUUGAGUCAUCUGCAUACAGAAUCGUAUCUGAAGUUGUUGGUCAACAUGAGCAGAAAUUCUUCCAGAGGGACCACAAUAGCUGUCUACAAUGGGCCACCCAGGAUUGUUGGAUUUGGGGAUUAUGUGGAAGGUUGCUGUUGGCGUGAGGAGCAAGAUGAUUUUGGGUGUGCAAAUAUGUUCCAUAAAAGAAAGAAUGAUGCCUGGAUAAAGUUUGAUGCUACAUUCCACCUUUCAGACGAAAAACAUACAAA